AAGGAACAAGAAUCAACAUAAACCUCCGAGGAAGAAGAAGAAGAGGAAGAACGGCCUGUCCUUAAUAAUCUUCUCUCCGGGUGAUAAAGAUGUGAUUAUGGCGUCUGUGUUGUUCAGACAUUACUGUAAACCCCGUCACAUAAACAGCAGGACCUUUCCCUUCAUGUCGCAGCUCGCAGGAGUCAGAUAUAAAGGUACAGUCCAAUAUGCCACGCGCCCCGGCCUGCCCAAACUGGCCUACAGGAAGCUGAAGGGUAAAAACCCCGGCGUCGUCUUCCUCCCCGGCUUUGCCUCCAACAUGAACGGCCAGAAAGCCGAAGCACUGGAGGAGUUCUGCAAAUCUCUGGGUCACUCGUACCUCAGGUUUGAUUAUUCGGGCUGCGGAGCGUCGGAGGGGAAAAUAACGGACUACAACAUCGGCGCGUGGAAGAAGGACGUCCUGUACGUGCUGGAUGAGUUAGUUGAAGGACCUCAGAUUCUGGUGGGCUGCAGUCUGGGCGGAUGGCUGAUGCUGCUAGCCGCUCUAGCAAGACCGGAGAAGGUCGCUGCCCUGGUGGGCAUUUCCACUGCUGCAGAUCAUUUUGUCACUGCCUACAACGAGCUUCCCGUUCAGACGAGGAAGGAGAUAGAGGAGCGCGGGUUCUGGCCGUUUCCCAGCCGCUACAGCGAAGAGGGCUCGUACGCACUGAGCGUGGACUUCCUGCAGGAGGCGCAGUCUCACUGUGUGCUGCAAGGUCCCAUCCCCGUGUCCUGCCCUGUCCGGCUCAUCCACUGCCUGCAGGAUGCCGACGUCCCCUGGCACGUGUCCAUGCAGGUGGCCGAGCGUGUCCUCAGUGGCGACGUCGACGUCAUCCUGCGCAAACACGGCUGCCAUCGCAUGUCUCAGCAGGACGACAUCAAACUCAUCGUCUACACCAUCGAUGACCUUAUCGAUAAGCUCACCACAGUGGGGUGAAUCGCACAGGGGGCGGAGCUUCCACUACACUACGACGGACAUCCGAUCCAAUCAGGGCUCGGGGCUGUUCGGUCGCUUGCUUGGAAAUUCGGCAAGUUUUAGAAAUAACGCUGCAAGAUAUUUUAAGCGCAAUAACGUUAAGUCAUGACGUCUUUAUUAGACACUUUUUUCGACAAAUACGUACCACAGCUUUUUUUGUAAUCGUUACUUUCUCUUCGCCCAUCUGUGACCGCUGAUCUGUGAUUUUUCGAACCUCGGUCUCGUGAGCCAAUAGAAAGCCAGGGAUUUUUGGGUGGAAAGUUGCUCCUCUGCCUCCUUCACAUUAAAAAUCAAUAGCUAGCUAGAGAAUAUUUCAUCUACAUUCUCUCUAAAAUGAUGCUCAUGUUAAAUCACUGCUUGAGGAAAAUAUCGCCAUGGAAACGCACUAAAAACCGGUAUAUCGCUGACCUCUGCGACUCAGUGACCGUGCGGAUCGGAGCAGAGUAAACUGAAGUGAGUUUGUUGUGUGCAAAAGGUGCAAUGAGCUUUAUUUUUAUUUCAUAAUCACUUCUGCCUGAUGAAGCUGUUCAGUAAUAAGAGUGCAGGGUUGCUGUGCAGUUUAUCACUGUUUAUUAUUAUAUUCCAGCAUGGAGGCGAUUUAUACACUUUAUUUUUAAAAUAUUCAGUAUUUCAUGUUUUUGUUUUUCGAGCAGAAAUGUUUGAUUUAUGUGAGUUUUUUUUUUUAGGUCACAUAUAUUCUAAAAAUGUGCAAUAAAUAUCUUUCACUACA